CUCACGGCGGAGGGUGAAUCGUUGGACCCGGCAUCACUGGAAGCUAGACGGCGUCUGCUCGAUGCACAGUAUGGAGCAGGACUCACGGCGGAGGGUGAAUCGUUGGACCCGGCAUCACUGGAAGCUAGACGGCGUCUGCUCGAUGCACAGUAUGGAGCAGGACUCACGGCGGAGGGUGAAUCGUUGGACCCGGCAUCACUGGAAGCUAGACGGCGUCUGCUCGAUGCACAGUAUGGAGCAGGACUCACGGCGGAGGGUGAAUCGUUGGACCCGGCAUCACUGGAAGCUAGACGGCGUCUGCUCGAUGCACAGUAUGGAGCAGGACUCACGGCGGAGGGUGAAUCGUUGGACCCGGCAUCACUGGAAGCUAGACGGCGUCUGCUCGAUGCACAGUAUGGAGCAGGACUCACGGCGGAGGGUGAAUCGUUGGACCCGGCAUCAUUGGAAGCUAGACGGCGUCUGCUCGAUGCACAGUAUGGAGCAGGACUCACGGCGGAGGGUGAAUCGUUGGACCCGGCAUCACUGGAAGCUAGACGGCGUCUGCUCGAUGCACAAUAUAGUUCAGGACUCAUGACCGGAGGUAAAACGCUAGAUCCGUCUACAACGGAGGCAAGGAAAAGGUUUUUCGAGGAAAAAUAUGGAAGUGGACCAAUGGUUGCUGACGAAUGGCUAGAUCCAGGAUCGUUGGAAUUUAAACGGAUACUCUUGGAUGCUAAACAUGGAGAAGGAUUAUUGGAUGGGAAUAAACUGGUUGAUCCAUCAUCAGUGGAAGCUAGGAGAUUAAUGGAUGAAAAACACGAACGAGAAAAAGCAAAACUGAAAGGGAUUCGGAGUGAGACGAUUGAUCCCAUCUCUCGCACCAUGCUAAAAAAGCUGGCUAUGGAAAACGCAAAACGAAGAGGAGAAUAUAUACCGUCUGGUGACCCCGAAUCUUGGAUGGACGUGGAAAGCAUUGAUGAUCAUAUCAAUUCCAUAGGUGAAAAACAAUAUUUAGAUGAAAUGCGUAGACGUCCAGUGGCCUUGGCUGAUCUUGCUAAUGAGCAAGAGGAGGAACUUUGUUUCAACAUUCAAAAGAAAUGGGAGCUCUGGGAGUGA